AUGCCGUACUAUUCCAGGGCUGAUGCGGACGCCGUCGACGAUUUCGACGAGUACGAUCCAACGCCGUACGGCGGUGGCUACGACCUCCACAUGACCUUCGGCCGCCCGAUUCCUCCCGGCGACGACACUCCGAGUACGGCGGAUCGGGUUACGGGCGUAAACAGGAAUCUGGAUAUGGAUCGGAAUACGGUCGCCGGACUGAAUCGGAGUACGAAGGCGGUGGUGGGUCUGAAUAUGGAAGGCGAAAGCAGGGAUAUGGGGAGGAAGAUGAAGGUUAUGAGAGGCGUCACGAGACGGCCGAGUAUGGCUCUGGAGGUUACCGGAGGCAGGAUAGCUCCGAGAAGCCUGCUUACGGGAGGCGCCGCAAUGACGAUGACGAUGACGAAGGCUAUGGCCGCAAGAAAUAUGGAGAUAAUGACUCUGGCGAGGAUGACGACGAGAGGAGGCAGCAUCGCUAUAAGCAUCACCACCAUCGCCGCAACGAUGACGAUGAAUGAUCGAUUGAUCAGCCACCUGUUACGACUAUAUAGAGAGAGCCAUGCCUGCGACACUUCUCCAUCUAGUACUCAAUAAACAAGAGUGUUAGAAAGGCAUAGUUUAUCUCUGGGAUUGGGUGUUAUAUGGAGUAUUGUUUCUGUUUGCCAUAUGGGAGUAUCAAUGCAUGUGUUGUUUUCCUUUCUUUCCUAAGCUUUUAAGCCCUAAAUUAACUAUUAUGAAUUAUCAGCCCAAGCUUGUGGACUGGUGUACUGUUUCCUUCCAAAGGAGUACUAUCAAAGUAUAUGAAUUAUGAAUGGUUCUGUAUGGUCUCUUUUGUGCUUUUGAAGAGAUGAACCAUACUGUGACAUUUUAUAUACUAUAUAUAUAGUGAUCAAGCUCGCUCGCUCGCUCAAUUGGAUUUCAACUCAGA